AUGGGUCAAAGUCUAGAAGGAGUAUCUUGUCCCCUGAACUGGUUCCUGUUUGAGCAGCAUUGUUACGGAUUUUUCCAGAACAAAUUGACCUGGAAUGAUGCAGAGACAGAAUGCUCUUCCCAUGGCAAACAUGCCCACCUUGCCUCCAUCCUCAGCAAACGGGAAAUGGAAACCAUAUCUUCUGCUCUACUCACCAAAUAUGAAGAGUCAUUUAAAAUCUGGAUUGGAUUGUACAAAGUCCCAGGCGGGAAGACACGAUUCAGAUGGUUAGACGCAUCGUUGGUGGAUUACAUUCCUUGGGCACAAAGUCAACCUUCCACCUACAAAGGGAAUUGUGUCGAGCUAUAUGGCAAAGACUAUAAAUAUUGGAGUCUCCAGUUUUGUUGCCUCAAACAGCCCUAUCUGUGCAAGAUGGCUCUGUACUGAAUACAUCUGGAAGCACUUUGAAGGUUGUAAGCCAGAAUCUCCCUGGCUACAACAACAUCAGCCUGCUGACUCACAGAACAAGCCUGUGCAUCAGGCUUUCUUUUCCAUGUGGUGUCAC